AUGGGCGGCUCCUCUAGCAAGCCUCGCAAGCCGUUCUUCAGAGUUGCGGCUCUGGGGCCCAAUGUCCUGACAUCCGUUGAGAACGCGAAAGUGGGCGUGAUUUUCCUUCACGGUCUUACUGGCCAUAGAGAAAAAACCUGGACUGCAGAAGGCGAAGCUGAUCCCUGGCCAAAGUCGCUUCUUCCAAAGGACCUCCCGACGGCGAGGAUUAUAACAUACGGUUACGACGCCGAUAUCCUCCAUUUAACUCGCGUUGCUGGUCAAAACACAGUUCGGGAACACGCAAAGACCCUUAUCAAUGAUCUCAGCGCUCUUCGAACAGACACUGCCGGACGACCCAUCAUUUUCGUUAUACAUAGCCUCGGCGGUCUAGUAAUCCAGGAUGCUCUCUUAAUCUGCAAUAACCCCAACGACGAAGGUCAAAGCGACAUUCUUUCUUCAACGCGCGGAAUUGCUUUCCUCGGAACUCCACAUGCUGGAGCGGACGUGGAAAGGUUCGCAACUGCCGUGGCAAACGUGGUUAGUCUCGUCAAAAAGCCAAAUAAGAAACUCUUGGACGGAUUCCAUACCAUGGUUGUAAGGCGCCAGAGCAGCCCCGAGCCCAUUGAGCUUCACGCCUUCAUUGAGGAACUACCUGUAGAUUUUCUGAAACGUCGUGUCGUGGAGCCUGAUUCAGCAAAAAUACCUGGCUACAACUUCGAAACGAUUCCAGCAAAUCACAUGGACAUGACAAAAUUCUGCAUGGCAUCUGAUGUUGGGUAUGGGAGAGUCUUGAAUAGAUUGAAGCGUUGGAUUGGUGACGACCUCGUCGAUGGUACCGUAACACAUUAA